UUACGGUGAAGAAAUAACACCCUACAAAUUCAUAUGGGCUUUUAUGAACACAUUGGUAUUUAUGGUAUAUGUGGUAUUUUCACCACAGUAUAUACUGAGAUUUCUACUAGAUGACGUGCUGUGUAAUAUAAACAUAAUAAACUAAUGAAAUAUAAAAUGAAAUGGAAAUUUUGAAUAUUCUUACACAGUGUUAGUGCUUCAAAAUAUUUUAUACAUUUUUAGGAAAAAAAAUUUAUUAGGAAUGAAAGAAAUACGAAAUGAUAUUACAAAGCUGGCGGCUAUUCGGAGUUUCAGUAAUAAUCAUUAUUUAUAUAUGCAGCGUUUUAUUAUUUUCAAUAAAUAGUUCGCCUCGCUCAAAUCAGAAAAAUGAACGCAUCGAAAGAUUUUCGGAGUUCGCAAAUUUUCACAACAGUCGUUUCCGUGGUUUCACAUCCAAGGCCAAUAUCCGCUGGUGUAACGGCCUUAAGUAUCUCAAGACAAACGUACCUAAUAACAUGAUUACAACCGUUUCCGCUCUAAGCACUAAUAAAGUUGCAACUACUGAAGAUACUAAAGAUAACGCUGCAUAUCGAAUACCGGGUCUGACUGCCCUAGCAUCAUUUCCAGGAAGUGGUAACACCUGGCUUAGGUAUUUAUUGCAGCAAGCAACAGGGAUUUUAACGGGGAGUGUCUACAAAGAUUAUGGGUUGUUAAAGACUGGAUUUCCGGCAGAAAAUGUACGUAAUAGCUCUGUAUUGUUAGUGAAAACACACGAAUUCGGCCCUAAAGCAUGGGACCCAUUUACUAAGGCCAUUUUACUGGUGCGUGACCCAGAGAAAGCGAUAUUGGCAGAAUUUAAUAGACAAAGUGGCGGUCAUAUUGGAUUUGCGUCUCCCGAUCGUUAUAAAAGAACUAAAGGAAAAUAUUGGCAGAAGUUCGUACUUAAGAAUUUGAAAAUGUGGGAAGCGACUAAUUUAAGCUGGGCACGAGAUUUCUCAGGCAACAUCAAGGUUGUAUUCUAUGAGGAUUUGGUUGGAAAUUUAGAAGGCACUUUGAGAGGAAUACUUAACUUUUUAGAGUUUCCUAUUAAUGAGGAACUCUUCAGCUGUACUUUAAUAAGAAGAGAAGGCGUUUUCCGGAGAAAGAAGCGGUUUUUGAAUUUUGAUCCAUUUACUAUAUCGAUGCGUUCCAUGAUAAAACAAAAAAAGCUAGAAGUGUAUAAAUACCUUGAAAAUCUCAAAUAACGCUGUCAAUAAAACGUCUUAACUAUUUAUAACUA